AUGGUUUUUGCUUGGUUAUUCCUCAUACCCGGAGCAAUUUUAUCAGCUCGUUUUCUUCAUCAUAGAAAUCAACGAGAACCAUUAGAAUUAUUUGGAAUACAACUUUGGUUUCAAAUUCAUCGUUUAGCCAAUUCUUUAGCUUUCCUUUUUGUAAUUAUUUCAUUUCUAUGUAUUUAUUCUGCAUUGGACGGUUUUUGGAUUGGUCCACGAUUCUCAAAUCGUUCAGAACAAAAUUUUUCUACACAAUCUUUACACGCUUUAUUUGGUAUUUUAAGUAUUUUUAUUUGUUUAUUUCAACCAAUAUGUGCAAUAUUUCGUUGUUCACCAGAAUCUCCAAAACGUUUUAUAUUUAAUUGGAUACAUUCAAUUCUUGGUUAUAUUGCUUGGAUUUGUUCUGAAGAAAAUGAAAGACGAAGAAAUACUUCUUCUUUAUGGCAAAUUAAUUUACCUAAAGAAUAUAAUAUUCGAAAUAUUAAUCAAUCUACUAAUAAUCAACAUUUAAGACCUCCACCACAAUUAAUGGCUAUGGCACCAAGUGAAUGUAGCGAUGUUGGGGGGCAUAGGGAGAGUUUAAUGAUCCAACAGGCAAUAAUUGGCUUAUUCUUUGUCGCCUCUGCUGUGUUAAGUAUGUGUUUGGCUAUAACAUUGAUGUUGGCUUAA